CCUCACGGAGCAAGGGCGCCUGCGCGCGCUGUCUGCUUUCCUUGGACGUGACUCAACCCGUCGCAUUGGCUGUGAACCAAUGAGAAGGCAGCGCCUCUCCAGCCCAGGCCAAUCAGCUUUCCGGCUGGAGAGAGUAACUCCUAUUUAAAUCGACUCUUUGAAUCCUAACGGCUCGGCUUUCGGAAGGACGCGGCGGCCUUGGGUCCGGGGCCGGAGCUAGCAGGCAUCAUGGACAAAUCUAAAGAAAACUGCAUUUCAGGGGUGGUUAAGCCCACAGUGCCGCCGGGCGACGGCCCGAAGCGCGUCCCGGUGCCUCAGCAGUUCCCGGCGCAGCACCCCGUCCCUGCAAACAGCGGCCAGGCGCAGAGGGUGCUGUGUCCUUCCAACUCCUCCCAGCGAGCGCCCCCGCCGGCACAGAAGCUUGUCUCCGGCCACAGACCGGCUCAGAACCACCUGAAGCAGAAGCAACCGCAGGCAGCCAGUGCCCCUCGCCCCGCCUCCAAGCCGCCGCAUAACCCGCAGAAGAGCGAGCAGCCCCAGCCAGCGGCCCCCGGAAAUAAUUCUGAAAAGGAACUGGCAUCGAAGCAGAAAAACGAAGAAUCAAAAAAAAGGCAGUGGGCUUUAGAAGACUUUGAAAUUGGCCGCCCUCUGGGCAAGGGGAAGUUUGGAAAUGUCUACCUGGCGAGGGAAAAGCAAAGCAAGUUCAUCCUGGCUCUGAAAGUGCUGUUCAAGGCCCAGCUGGAGAAAGCAGGAGUGGAGCACCAGCUGCGGCGGGAAGUGGAAAUACAGUCCCACCUCAGGCACCCGAACAUCCUCCGGCUGUACGGGUAUUUCCACGACGCCACCCGGGUCUACCUGAUUCUAGAGUAUGCGCCCCUCGGAGCCGUCUACAGAGAGCUCCAGAAGCUGUCCAGGUUCGACGAGCGGAGGACCGCCACGUAUAUCACAGAAUUGGCAGAUGCCCUGUCUUACUGCCAUUCAAAGAGAGUUAUUCACAGAGACAUUAAGCCGGAGAAUCUGCUCCUUGGAUCAGCGGGAGAGCUUAAGAUUGCAGAUUUCGGGUGGUCCGUACACGCCCCGUCAUCCAGGAGGACCACCCUGUGCGGCACCCUGGACUACCUGCCCCCCGAGAUGAUCGAGGGCCGCAUGCACGACGAGAAGGUGGAUCUCUGGAGCCUGGGAGUCCUGUGCUAUGAGUUUCUAGUGGGGAAGCCCCCCUUCGAGGCAAGCACGUACCAAGAGACCUACAAAAGGAUAUCGCGGGUUGAAUUCACAUUCCCUGACUUCGUACCCGAGGGAGCCAGGGACCUCAUCUCAAGGCUGCUGAUGCACAACCCCAGCCAGAGGCCGACCCUGAAGGAGGUGCUGGAGCACCCCUGGAUCACCGCCAACUCCUCCAAACCACCGAGUAGCCAGAAAAGCAGAGAAUCGGCUGGCAAGCAAUCUUAAGACUCUUGCAGGGGGAGGACCCCGUGAGCCAGGGCUGCCAUGUAACUGGUCAGAUACACACCUCUUGACCUGCCUGUACUGCCGACGGCCUGCCUGCUGCCCGCAGCACUGUGGAGAAUCAAUAUAUCUACAGUUUUUUUCUGAGCAGGCAGUACGUCGUGCUUCCCACCGGGACAGUUCCACCUCAGUAAACGUGCCACUGAAGCGAAAGUCGCCACGAGAAUUGCACUAACUUCCCUGGUUUCAUCAUCAGGAGGCGAGGUUCAAGGGCAGCCGCCCCGCUGCCUGUUUGGACUAGGCCUCCUUGCCACAGGUGACCCAGAGCCCACGGUGGCCGGGUGGCCCCCAUGCCCUGACCCGGUCAGUCAGCAGCUGUGCAAUAACCUCCCACGUUCCUGAGUGUGUGUGUAAUUUAUUGGGUGGCCGCACCUGGGAAAGCUGUCGGAAUGAGUCUGUGACUCUUUUAAAUGUUAAAAUAAAGAGAUGUGCAUAGCCUUUGUCCCUUCCAGAAUGCUCUGUCACCACUGUUAGGCCUGCUGUCGGGUCCCCUCAACCACUCACUCGCCUUUUGUCUGAGACUGCGAGCCGGGAGCAUGCGCUCUACCUCCGCCCUCCGCCGUGGGACCUGCUCAGGACGCAGAGGAGACAGACGUGUGUGUCAGCCAGUUCUGCGUGUCCAGGGCCUGUACGAAUGUUGAUGGUUUACAUGUUGUUCUUGUAAAUACAUUAAGACAUAUACAAAAUAUAUUCUCUG